AUGUUUUGCACAACUGCCUGUGUCAGCGUGCUUGUGACGGUCCCGAUCGGGGACGACGCCGAAACGGAAACGGUGUUAGGUCAUGUACAAAACAUGCAGUCGCCACGUUUGAAAUCUCCUCCUCGCUUUGAUCUCUGUUGGAGCCAUCAAGACAUCUCCAUGGGCACUGUUGCCGCAGCCCUGGCGAUUGGCCUUUUGUUCUUUCUCGUCUCGUUGUACCACCCCGUGAGAUCACCGCACCGUCUUCGUGAUGGUGUGGGUGUGGGCGUGACAGUGCUUGGCUUCGAAGCAAAACCCGCUCCCAGAUCGUGCACAGAAGAUUCGAGCGAAACCAAGGUGCCAGGGGUGGCCUGCCCGUUUGUACAUGAUCGUAUCGUGCACACAGGAACACAAGCUCCAUCCAAGGUCCUUGGACCUUGGGAGUCGAAUUUCAGGAUGUUGGCAUUUCGAGUUCGGCCACAGCUUUAA